ACUUUUCGAGCUGACCUCUUUACUCCUAUUAUCUCCGCUGGACUAAAAAGUGCCUGUCCAUCCGUCCGAGAUGCUGGGCGUCAACUUUGUGGUGCUGUCUACUUAGCAAAUGCGAGAGGCGGCACCGGUGCUGCUGACGCCGAUCGGGAAUUGGUGCGCAAUUUAGCUGCUGGGCAAGUAACUGCGCGUCUUGUGGCUAUUUGCCAGGCAGAAUUGCAGCGACGUCUGCAACAAUUCGAGAUACAAGCACGUGAAGUGACCAUUGCUAUAAAGCCUAACAGUCAUUCGUCUCCUAAUUCAGUUACUUCCUCGCCAUGCGUAUCGGUUCCAACGUCAUCUGUCUCCGGGCCAUUUGCAUCCGUACACCUAGCUUCGGUUCCACAAGCAAUUUCGGAUAAACCAUCUGCCGCGUGA